AUGGCACUUCCCAGCAAAUUUCUCAUUUGGUUUUGCUGUUUUGCCUGGCUGUGUUUUCAUGUUAGUCUUGGUUCUCAGACUUCUAGGGGAGAAGCUCAGAUUGCAACUAAUGCUGAGUUGGAAUCUGAGGCAGAACCUUGGUCUGUGCUGCAACCUAUAGAUGGGACACCCAGCCCUGGCCACCUUUUCAAGUUUCUGUCUGAUGGGCGAGGUGGAGCCCCUAGGCUGCAGCCAGACUCCAGAGCUUUGCACUACAUGAAGAAGCUCUAUAAGAUGUAUGCUACGAAGGAGGGGAUUCCCAAAUCCACUAGAAGUCACCUAUACAACACCAUUCGGCUCUUCACUCCCAGUUCCCUGCACAAACAGGCUCUUGGACAUCAGGUGACAGGAAUCUUUCCAUCAGUGGACCUGCUGUUUAAUCUGGAUCGUGUUACUGCCGUCGAACACUUACUCAAAUCCGUCUUGCUCUACACUUACAAUAAUUCAGUUUCUCCUUCCUCUAUUGUUAAAUGUUGGUGCAACCUGGUGAUAAAAGAACCAAAGUCUUCUAACAAGACUCUCCCUAGAGCUCCUUACUCAUUGAUCUUUAAUUCACAGUUCAAAUUUAGAAAGAAUCACAAGCAGAUUGAGAUUGAUGUAACCCCACUCCUCCAGCCUAUAGUGGUUUCCAGUGAGAGAAAUAUUCACAUGUCUGUCAAUUUUACAUGCAUGAAAGACCAGCUGCAGCACCCUUCAGCUCAGGAUGGAUCCUUUACCAUGCCUCUUCUGCCCCCCUCACUGAUCUUAUAUCUGAAUGACACAAGUGCUCAGGCUUAUCACAGGUGGUAUUCCCUUCACCAUAAAAGGAAGUCUUCACAGGGUCCUGACCAGAAGAGUAAUGUGGCUGCCUAUCCCAUGGGAAAAGAGACUGUCAAGGGUGGGAGACCCACCUGCCACCGGAGAGGUCGGGAAAUCAUCACCUCUCAAUUGAAGAAGCCACUGGUUCCAGCUUCCUUCAACCUGAGUGAAUACUUCAAACAGUUUUAUUUCCCCCAAAAUGAGUGUGAGCUCCAUGACUUUAGAAUUAGCUUUAAUCAGCUCAAGUGGGACAACUGGAUUGUGGCCCCUCACAGAUACAACCUUCGGUACUGUAAAGGAGAAUGUCCAAGGGCAGUUGGGCAUAGGUAUGGCUCUCCGGUUCACACCACAGUGCAGAACAUCAUCUAUGAGAAGCUCGACUCCUCAGUGCCAAGACCAUCAUGUGUACCUGCCAAAUACAGCCCCUUGAGUGUUUUGACCAUUGAGCCUGAUGGCUCAAUCGCUUACAAAGAGUAUGAAGAUAUGAUAGCUACCAAGUGCACCUGUCGUUAACUUAAGGUCCUCUAAAUGAAAACCUUGAGCCUAUUUAGCAAAGUAAGUGUUGUGUGCCUCUCUGCUCUCAGGAGAAGGCUUAUGUGUCACAUAACACAUUGUAGAAAUAGGAGCAUAUGCAUGUUAGCACAUUCUGGGGCGUCUGUCUGAAGGGAUAAGGUCAGUUGUUCCUACUUAGCCUUAAUUUCAACACUUAAAUGUAAUUACUUUGGAGAGAUUUAUUUUUUUUUUCCCCUGAGCAUUUUUUUUUCUUUUCACAAGUGUUUUGGUUUUGAUGGAAAAAUUCUAACUUAGCAUAAAUCUAAUGGAAUUGCCGCCACAGAUAUUCAGAGAGCUUUAGUAUUAUGA